AAUUAUUCACUUAUUGAUGUAAAUUAAGUCCAAAUGGGUGUUUUUGAAAAGCAAUAAAAACAAAACGUAAAAACUGUUUUCCAAAAGAAUUCAAAAUUCAAUAGGAAGCCGUUACAGAAGAAAGCGAAGAGUGAAAGCGAAAAGAGAAAAUAGUAUAGAUGUAAACGCCAAAGGUGAAGAAGAAAGAGAGAACCACCGAGGAUGCCCAAACCACAAGCCAAGCCAACUCGGAGAAUCCCCUUAAGCUACGUCGUUUUGUCGUAUCUAUGAUCGCGAAAUUUCUCCUAAUAAAGAAUUGGGUUUCCUAGUUGUUUUUGUCGUUGACAAUCCCAAUACCCAAACAAAAAAAGAAUAUCUCCUUUUCUCUUUAAUUGUUCAAUGGUCAGGAUUGGAUCAGAUUGAUGAGCAAUGCAGAGAUCACGUAGAGCUCUUCUGCAAAGAAGAGCUUUGGAGGAUACUAUAAGUGGAAGAAGUCACUUGUAUAAGGUUUCUCUUUCUUUGGUAUUUGUUUUGUGGGGGCUUGUCUUCCUUCUUAGCUUAUGGAUCAGUCACGGCCAUGACCAUAGAGAUGAAUCUGCAAUACUUUCGGUUGGCAUAUCAACUUGGGAUGAAGCUAAGGUAGAACAUAAUGAACCCUCAGAUACUGUAGAUAAUUAUCCACAGGAAGAAACUGAUUCUCUGUAUUCUUCUGAGUCUUUGUCCACAAAUGGUGCUGAAACGAGAGGUUUGGGUAGUGAAUUAGUUGCUAAUGAAGGAAGCACAAAUGAUGUUCCAACUAUUGGAGAGCAACUUGAGGUUGAGAAUUCCAGUUCCACUCUAAAAUCUGAAGGUGAUGCUCCAAAGACUGGUCGCCUGUCUCAUAGUGUUCCACUUGGUCUUGAUGAAUUCAAGAGCAGAGCUUUUAGUUCCAUAAGUAAAUCUGGAACUGGUCAGGCUGGAAGCAUCGUACGCAGAGUGGAGCCCGGGGGUGCUGAGUACAAUUAUGCUUCAGCAUCAAAGGGAGCAAAGGUCUUGGCUUUUAACAAGGAAGCCAAGGGUGCCCCUAAUAUCUUAGGUAGAGAUAAGGACAAGUACUUACGAAAUCCAUGUUCUGUGGAAGAGAAGUUUGUUGCUAUAGAGCUUUCGGAAGAAACAUUAGUAGAUACAAUUGAAAUAGCUAAUUUUGAGCACCACUCUUCUAAUUUAAAAGAUUUUGAGUUGCUUGGAAGUUUGGUUUAUCCAACAGAUGAAUGGGUCAAGCUUGGGAAUUUCACUGCUUUGAAUGUAAAGCAUGCACAAAGUUUUGUUCUUCAGGAGCCAAAAUGGGUAAGAUACCUAAAGUUGAAUCUUCUGAGCCAUUAUGGUUCGGAAUUCUACUGCACACUGAGUUUUGUUGAAGUUUAUGGUGUGGAUGCUGUUGAAAAAAUGAUAGCAGAUUUGAUAUCUGCUCAAGAUAAAAAACUGUUUGUUCCAGAAGAAGGCACUGGUGACCAGAAAGAAAUUCCCUCCCAGCCGGAGCUCACUGACAGUGCUGAUAUUGAUCAAAAUAUCAUACACACAGAAUCAAAAUAUGCACAUGAAACUGUAAAUAGUGUGCCUGAUCCAGUUGAAGAAAUGCGUCACCACCAAGUUGGCAGGAUGCCUGGGGACACAGUUCUCAAGAUAUUGAUGCAGAAAGUGCGUUCACUGGAUUUAAAUUUGUCUGUUUUAGAGCGAUUUUUAGACGAGCUGAAUUCCAGAUAUGGCAAUAUUUUCAAAGAAAUCAACAAAGAUAUUGGAGAGAAAGAUAUUAUUAUAGAGAAGAUGAGAGAAGACAUAAAGAAUCUUCUUGACAGUCAAGAGGCCAUUGGUAAGGAUGUUGAUGAUCUUAUUUCUUGGAGAUCCCUUGUUUCGUUGCAGUUGGAUACUUUACUCAGGGACAAUGUUGUUCUGAGAUCUCAAGUUGAUAAGGUCCGGGAGAAUCAGCUUUUCAUGGAGAAUAAGAGUAUCAUAGUAUUUUUUGUAUGUUUAAUUUUUUCAUUUUUAGCUCUUGUAAGGUUAUUCCUAGGUUUGGCGAUGAGUGUUUAUAUGUCAUUGAGUGUUCAUAGAACAAAAAUGUCCGGGAAAUUUUGUCAGAUGAACUCUUCCUGGCUAAUCUUACUAUUGAGCUGUAGCACUAUAAUUUUCAUACUAUCAAUAUAAGUAAUAUACAUAUCUUUGAGUUA